GCAUAGCUUGCUCUUUCUGCACAAGAUUCUAGCAGUUUGGGUAGUGCGUUUGUGAAGUUCUUCAUGGUCUUCGUUUGGGGUAAGGCCUGCAUGUGUGGCCUUUCCUCGUCAUAUUAUGCGGUCGGCAACAGCGAUCUACAGGAGGGGAAGGCUCGUUUGCCUAGACUCAACGUCACAAGGAAGGAACUGUGCAGCUGAGCAGGCAACAACUGCACCUUCUCAUUCUUGAGCCGCUCCUUCUCAUUCAGUCUGUGUCUCCUACAGUUGAUAUAAAGAUCCACGAAGCUCUCCUCUUAGCCUCGAAGUGUCAUUCCCACAUCACACCCACGAACAAUCACUUCCCAUCUCAAGUCGAGACCACUACCACUUACACGGAUCCCAUACCGCAAAUCAUCAUCAUGGCCGACACUAACCCCGGAAACUUUGCCAACCGUCCCACUGAGGAGGUUCGCGAGAUCGCAGCCAAGGGCGGUCAUGCCAGCCACGGUGGUGGCAUCCCACAGGAAGUCCCGAGCGGCAACACGAACCCUGGUAACUUUGCAAACCGCCCCACGGAGGAGGUUCGCGAGAUUGCGGCCAAGGGAGGUCACGCCAGCCACGGCGGCGGAAUCGAGGCCGAGACCCACUCGGCCACCGGCAACACCAACCCCGGCAACUUUGCCAACCGGCCCAAGGAGGAGGUUCAAGAGAUCGCAGCCAAGGGCGGGCACGCAAGCCACACGGGCGGUUUCGCCAGCAUGGACGCCGACAAGCUGCGCGAGGUUGCUUCCGAGGGCGGCAAGGCGUCGUCCGGCUCGUUUGAGCCCGGCUCAGAGAGGGCGCGCGAGGCGGGACGCAAGGGAGGUCUCGCGGGUGGAUCGGACUGAGGUGUUUGGUUUGGCAAGGUAGCAGCACUCAGAGCUCUAUUCCCACGGCUAUUUGAGCGCAACGACACAGGACAAUACCUAGGACGAAGC